AUGUCGAACCCGGAUCCCAAGUCGACCACCUUCCAGCCGCUCAACGAGCCGACGGGCGACUGGCCCGCCGCCAAGGUCACGCUCUCCAUCCCCAUGGGUGAGGUGGCGGCGCGUACGUCGCAGGACAUCGCCAAGGCGCGUGCCGCCGCCGACUUUGCGCCCGAGCGCAUCGAGGAGGUGCUGCGCGACUCGCGCAUCGACAACGACUCGCGCAAGAAGGUCAUGAACACGCUCGCCAAGGACCCCAUCUUUGGCAACUGGAAGAAGCGCAUGAUCCACAUGAACCGCGAGCAGCAGAUGCGCCAGUCCCACUUUGCCUGCCGCCGCCUGCUCGAGCUCGCCGAGAAGCACGAGUGGACCACGCACGAGGUCGUCGAGGCCGCGCUCACGCUCGACCUCCAGUCGCCCAUCACCAUCCACUGGGUCGCCUUCGUGCCCGUCAUCUUUGGCCAGGGCAACGCAGAGCAGAUCGAGCGAUGGGGUAACAAGGCCAUGAACCACGAGAUCAUGGGCUGCUACAUGCAGACCGAGCUCGGUCACGGCACCAACGUCCAGCAGCUCGAGACGACGUGCACCUACGACGACGCCUCGGACAGCUUCAUCCUCCACUCGCCCACGCUCACCUCGACAAAGUGGUGGGCCGGCGGCCUCGGCACCACCGCCACCCACGGCGUCGUCCAGGCGCAGCUCAUCAUCCACGGCAAGCGCUACGGCCCGCACCUCUUCUUCACCCAGCUGCGUGACAUGGACUCCGGCAAGCUGCUCGACGGCAUCGUCGCCGGUGACAUUGGUCCCAAGACGUACGGUGCGUUUGGCGGUCUCGACAACGGCUGGGCGCGAUUCAACCAGUUCAAGAUCCCGCGCGACCACAUGCUCUCCAAGCACGCCAAGGUCAAGAAGGGCGGCGAGUACGUCAAGCCGCCCAGCGACAAGCUCAGCUACGGCGGCAUGAUCUUUAUCCGUUCGCAGAUGAUCGACCGUACCGGCUGGAUGCUUUCGCGCGGUGUCACGAUCGCUACACGCUACGCGCUCGUGCGUCGUCAGUUCCGCGACCCUUCGUCGACGGACAUCAACGAUGUCGAGCGCUCGGUGCUGUCGUACCCCUCGACUGCGCGCCGUAUCUUGCCGCUGCUCGCCAAGGCGUACGCCUACAUCCUUGCGGGCCGCCGCAUGAGGACGCUGUACGAGGACAUGGCGCAGCAACUCGAGGAGGGCAACACCGAGCUGCUCGCCGACGUCCACGUCGCCUCGUCCUCGCUCAAGGCCUACUGCACCAAGCAGGCGCUCGACGGCAUCGAGGAGUGCCGUCAGGCCCUCGGUGGUCACGGUUUCUCGGCUUACGCUGGUUUCACCUCGGUGUUCCCCGAGCAGGCACCCGCGGUGACGUACGAGGGCGACAACAUUGUGCUCGCCUCGCAGGUGGGCCGUGCCAUGCUCAAGAUCUCGGGCGAGCUGGACCAGAACAGCGGCACCAAGGUGGCUGCCACCUCGGGCUUCCUGCGCGCCAUCGGCACCAAGGGCGCCAUCCCCUUCAGCCAGCCCAAGAGCGCCAGCGACUGGUACAAGCCCGAGGUGUACUCGGCGGCGCUCGGUCUGCGUGCGGCGCAGCUGGUGGUGGAUCUGCGUGCCGAGAUCAAGGCGGGCCGCAAGUUUGGCGACCUUUCGUACGAGUGCAUCGAGGUGGCCAAGUCGCACGGCGAGUUUGUCGUCGAUCUGUGGUUCGGCGAGGGCGUUCGCGAUGAUGCCGAGUCGUUUGGCGAGCGCGAGGUCAAGUGGCUCAACAAGCUCGUCACGCUGCAUGCGCUCGUGGCGCUCUCGCGCAACAUUACGCCUCUCGUGCUGCCGGCCAGUGCCGGCCGUACGCUGGCAGGCUAUGCCAACGGCCAGGCCAUCCUUACGCCCGAGUCGGUGAUCCUGCUCGAGCAGGCGAUCCGCGAGCUCAUCAACGAGAUCCUUCCGCAGGUCAUCGGUCUCUCGGACGGAUUCGGAUGGCUCGACUGGGAGCUCGGCAGCAGUCUCGGCAGGAAGGACGGCCGCGUGUACGAGCAGCUCAUGGCCGACGCAGAGGCCAACCCGCUCAACCACCCCGGCGCCAUCCCCAACCUCGAGACCAUCGACAAGGUCGGUGUGUACAAGUACGGCUCCAACAACAUCGGCAAGGGCGUGCCAGACUGGUACAACGCCGAAAUCGGCCCCCUCCUCCGUGCCGCCGCCAAGCGCGGCGAAGCUUCCCGUCUGUAG